GAGUUGACGUCGUUGGGACCCGACGGCGCUCUGUCCAGCUCCCCGCAGUCUGGUGAGUUCUUCCUCCCGCCGAACCAUCGCAAGGGCGCAUUCCUGUUCCACGCCAUUCGGAAGAAGAGAAAGCGACACUCGAAGAAGGUCACCCUCAUCAUCGACCUAAGCUCCUCCUUCAUCCAGCAAACGAUCGCCAUGUACGAGCUCCGCAAGCCAUCGGGGAGUCGCAAGAAGCUCCAUCUGCUGUGGAAGCUCAAGGAGGUACCCGAGAAGUUCAUCUUCCACAGCUCGGCCGAGGGCGAGCGCUUCUACCAGGCCUUCUGGGCCGCCAAGAUCCCGCGCGCCAUCGAGCCGGCGCUGGAGAAGCCAGCACGCACCGAGACCAUCGAGAUCUUCAUUGGAAACUGGAACCUGGGUGAUGCGCCACCGCCGGGCUCGUUGGCCGAAUGGAUACCGCGCGACAAACACGACAUCUACGUCAUCGCCGUCGAGGAAUGUAAAUACGCCCCGCGACACGGAAACGCCUCGUGCGAAGUCGAUUGGUUUAACUGCGUGCAAUCUCAUCUCGGACCCAACUACAUCAAGAUGGCGGGCCUGUCGCUUCAGUCCAUUCGGCUGUUGAUCCUGGUGCGAAGAGAGCACUACUACAAGAUCAGCAACAUCGAGAAGGAGAAGGAGGCCACGGGCAUCGCCAACGUGGUGGGCAACAAGGGCGGCAUCGGCGUCGCCUUCUCCUUCUACGAGACCAGUCUGUGCUUCGUCGGCGCCCACCUGGCCGCCCACCUGGAGAUGGUGCCGGCGCGCAACAAGAACUACCACCAGCUCAUGCGCGGACUGCGGCUGGGUCGCUACCCGGGUGACCUGCACAACCAGUUCGACCACCUCUUCUUCACCGGCGACCUCAACUACCGCAUCGCCAUGGAGCGCGAGGACGUGCUGCGGCUCAUCCACGACCGCCGCUGGGACACGCUCUACGCCAACGACCAGCUGCGCGACCAGCGCGCACAGAACAAGGUCUUCUGCGAGUUCAACGAGGGCGCGAUCGACUUUGCGCCCACCUACCGAUACAACCGCGGCGAUCGCACCUACAGCGAAGAGAAACUGCGGGUGCCGUCGUAUACGGACCGCGUGCUCUGGAAGUCGCUGGCGCCAGACCGAAGCGCGCAGUUGCUAUCGUACGAGGCCCAUGACGGAAUCAUGACCAGCGACCACAGUCCCAUCUCCGCGGUCUUCUCCCUCGACGUGCUGUUGCCGCCCCUGCCAGACGAGAACUCGAAGAGAUGUGUGAUCAUUAUCUCGCGAUUGCGAGCGACCAAUAUCGGAGUCCACCGAAAGAUCAAGGAACAGAAGCGGGAGCAGAAGGAGGCGAAGAAGGACAGGGACCACAAGGAGCAGAGGGCCAAGGAGCAGAAGCGGGAGCUCAAGGAGCUCAAGCGAGAACUCAAAGAGCUCAAGAAGGAGCACAAAGAACUCACCAAGGAAAAGAAGAAGGACAAGAAGGACAAGGAGAAGGAGGUGAAUGCCUACGUGGCCUUCAGCGGCCCAUUCCUCGAUGGAAUGCACAAGACCGGUGUCGUCCCACGACGAUCCGAUCCUGUGUGGGAAGACAAGGACGUGCCGAUACUGGAGCCGCUGGCCUCGACCAAGCACUACCUCAAGCGCCAGAUGCUCUUCAUGGCAGUGCGCGGCCAGAGCGUCGCGUCGUCAGACGAGCUGGGCCAGGGCGUGCUCUCGCUGUGGGAGGCCUGCCGCCGCGACGGCCAGCCCGUCGACUUUGAGGUGCCCCUGCGCGACAAGGGCAAGGCCGCCGGCACCCUGUGCGGCCGGCUCAUCGUCAAGUGGGAGGACCGACGCGCCGAGCGCCACGCGCGACUACUCGACGUGAGCCUCAACCUGCGCCAGUCCCAGCAGGCGCCCGGCGGCACCACCGCCACCACCAAGCCGCUCGACUCGCUGCUCCAGGCAUCAGCCGCCGCCGCCGCCGCCUCGGCCUCGUCAACCAUCGAAGAACUGGUCGCCCAGGGCCCCGGCGUGGCACAGCCGCAACCACAAGGACCCCAGCCGUGA